GCUUUCUUCGUCGUUUGGGAAUUCCCUCGAACAAACGAACUUAUAAGGUGCAUGAAUUGACGCUUUUUGCAUCUUGUUUCAGAGUUCUGUUCACGAGAGAGCUGUUUUUCGUAACUUUAUAUAUUCUCUAUAGUAGUUUGGUAAUUUCUAGUCCAAUUUAACAAUGGAAAGCAGUGGAAAUACAUGGGAAUCGCAAGGCGGAAAAGUGAAACCACGUACUUUCAAAAACCAACAUGAAGACUUCGAUUCUUCUGAUCGAGUUGACUCGGGCUUCGGCGACAGCUUACCCAGUAUGCCAUCGGAUAGAAGCGAUACGAACAGUUAUUCUAUUGAUGACAUAUCGCGAGAUCAGAAAUGCGUCGAUUCUACGGAUUGCAUACUGCAAAAAACCAAAAACCUGAAAAUUAGUGAGCCCAAAAUAUGCAAAUCUAUUGACGAUGGAUAUGCCUCUAUUCUCUCUGAAAGGAGCGUAGAAUUACCUAGUUUACCCUCAACUAACAAAGGACAAGCUAUGGACCAUCCUUUCCAGCACCAAUAUGUUUCGGUUUACGAUUGCAUGCGAUGUUUUGCUCAAACGCAAGAUUUCAGAUACGUGCUGGCGCCAUUUUGGCCUACGUUGUUACAUCGCAACGAUGAAGGAGACACGUACGUAUUUUUAAAUUUAAACGUUUUAAAUGAAGUUUAAGAGCCUAAAUACUUUGGAUAUUAAAUAAUCUAAAGAACACACAUGUUUUAGGGCGAAUUUGGGCAAAAAAUAUUGCAACGUAGCAAUAAAAUGACUCGACAAAUAUAAAACCGAAAGGAAAAAUGCAAAGGGAAUGUCCCUGACUUUGCUGGGGGUCUGGCGUCUUUGAAUUUUCUGUAAAACAUUUUUGUCAUGUGAUUGCGGUAUUUAUUCAACUAUUUUUAUGUAUAUACAUUUAAUAUUCCUUUUUAAGAGUUAUUAAGACGAUUUUGAGUUUUAAAAGGUGAUUUUUAAAAACUUGGAAAGAAUCGGAACAACAUUCCAAGAAAUUAAUGAGCCAAUCCUUUGAAUCAUUGAACAAUAAUCCACUUCCUUGACAUCUGAAACUGAGGCUCGUUAUCAUCCGGUUCGUGACGGCAUCAGCUCAUAAGUAUUUUUGUCUUGUGAUGUCUUAGAAUUGAUCAAAAUAGAAUCUAUUUCAUACGGUACAUACACAAAAUCGAUAUUUUCCGCAAAAUGUUCCCAAAAAUGUGUUGCCCACAAAUGUCGUAUUUAUUGCCAUGGAAACGUAUAAGAUAUAAAAUAAUCUGAAAUAUUUUUUUACCAUUUUUAUUCUAGGUCUUUACAUUUGGCAAUCAUUAACUGCAAUGAACAAGCCAUCCAGCAGAUUAUUGAUGUACUUCCAAGACCCGAAUACUUUGAUGUUUAUAACAAUAUCACUCAAACCCCGCUGCAUUUGGCCGCAAUAACAAGACAGCAUAAAAUUGUAGGCAAGCUUAUCGACCGAGGAGCUAGCGUUGAUUUGGUCGAUAGAAAUGGACAAACAUGCGUACAUCUUGCAUGUCAUCGGGGAGACCUCAAGACCCUUGCAGAAAUUUUUAAACCAAGGUCAGGAAGACGAGAACUACAUGAAAAAUUGCAGGAAAUUUUGGAGACAAGAAACUUUGAUGGUAAGAUUUCGCUUUUCUGUUUCACAUGAAACUUUCAAGGUUAUAGAUUAGUUCGGCAACUUACAUCUUUAAAUGCAAACAGUAAAUUAUAAUACAUUUUUUUACAUUUUAGGUCUGACGCCUCUCUGUGUUGCUGUGAAAGCAAGGCAUAUUGAAAUUGUGAAAGAAUUAAUCACACUUGGUGCUGAUGCAAAUGCUGCUGUAAGUUAGUUUGUAACUAAUUUUCUUUUGGAUGACUUGUUUCUUUCCCCGCUAUUUCCCCAGAGGUCCAGUAUUUAAACGUCAUCCCUUAUUGGUCCAAUGUCACAACAUGCAAAUACCACAUAAACCCAAUAAAUUUUGAAUGUUUACGCUAUCACUAAUCCACAAUAACUUUUUUACAGGACAGCAAAAGCGGGAACACUGCUCUACAUCUGGCUGUCGAAGACAAUAACCUUGUAAUGGUGUCCUGUUUAUUGUUCAAAGGCAAUGCCGACCCUAAUGCAAUGUCGUAUUCUAGUAACACCCCUUUGCAUAUUGCGGCAGGUUUGGGACUCGAUACCAUUGUCGCAACGCUAAUUGCCAUGGGGGCAAGUGGUUCGAUAGAAAACUUAGAAGGAGAUACAGCAUUUAGGAUUGCAAGCGAAAGUGAUGAGGAUUUGUUUGAUAAAGAUGUCCCAGAUCAGGAUGUCUUAGACGAGGAUUGCUCAGACCACGACGUCGAUCAUGAAGAAAUGGAAAAUUAAUUGUUUCAUGUUUGUCUUUGAUCACUGACAGUAAUUUGGACAAAUAAUUUGGUCUAAUUUUGUGUGUAUAUUGUUUACUUUUGGUGGGCCACUCUGCACCUGGAAAUGACUGAUAGUGGCUACAGCAGUAAACAUGUGUGCCUUGUUUUAGCAAAGAGUCGUCGUGGAAAUGUUUGUUAUAGUUUUUUUCACUGUUAAAUUGAAUUACAGCAGCGGAAUGAGUAAUUGUUAUCAAUGUUUGAUAUUUGUUGUGCAUUACUGAAUUAGACAUAAAUUAUAUAUUCUUACUAGUAAUUGAAGACUGUUUUGCAAUAAGUUUGGGUAUAUCUAUUACAAUAUUUGAUCAUUAUAGUUAUAACUAUUCACUAUAUUGAUUGAAUUUAAUUGGGAUUAAAUUUAUUAAAACAAAUGCCAUUUUGCACCCAAUUGAGGCAAAUUAAUAAAUCAAUUGCAUCCAGUAAAUUAUACCAGGCUAAGAUUUCCUUGCAGACCUUGGUCUAACAGGACUUCUGCGCUCUGCCGAUGCUGAACUUGUACAGAUUUCAGCUUUGAAUACUUUGAUUCUGAUACGUUUAGUUAGCUUAGGGCUUAGAAAAUUUAUUUAGCAUUACUGUGGAAAUGGUACUGCAGAAGAUCAGAAGAGGUAUAAUAUACCAUGUCGCUUGCAAUUUUUAAUGUAAAUAAGUUAUUAUAUAUAUAUGAAAAAAUAAAAAUUUGCAAUUGUGUGAUUGUGUGCAACUUUCCAAAAUUGAUAUUGUAUAGUAUACUGUUAGCUAGCGAAAAAUGGUCAAAUUCUUCAAUAAUCCUAACUGACAUGAAUAAUAUCUGGGGUUUUUAUCAGAUAAACAUGGGUACGUAACAAUUUCCUUUGCUUUUCCAACAUGAAUUAUGAAAAUCAAUUCCACUUGCAAUGAUAAUACUCAUUAAGAUAUAAAUUAAUAAUAUAAUCUAUGCUACAAAUACAGUAUAUCAAUCUUUAAUAAUUAAGUUGCUUUCUUGGCAUAGAACAAGCCCCAUUUUUGAUAGCCAACUGAACAACGUUUAAUUUUUUUCUCCCAUCCCAAUAUCAAGGCGUCGUAAUCUUCUUGAGUAAAAUGCUAAAAGAAAAAUUAAAUGUAUGGUACACAACUUGAAAUAUGAUAAAUGUACAAUGACAAUAUGCCUAUUAUUUUGGAACAAAUGAUGGGUUUAAGACUUUGAGUGAACAGUACCGGUGCACCAGGGGUGCAGUGAAGGCAUUGUGCUUGGGGGGGGGGGGGGGGUUAUACGCCACACCUUUACUGACAAAGUGGGCAUGGCACACGUGUGGUUAAAUUUUUCAUAAAUAUUUUUCAAUAAUAUUUCAAUGUAAUUCUAAUAUUUGUUAAAUAUAUUUACAUGGUACAUCAAUAUUGUAAAGGUUCUGAACAACUUAAUUAAUGGACAAACAAAAAUUUGGUGACUAAAAUUAUUUUCAAUUUACACUUUGUAACAAACCUGCAGCAGACUUGUAGCAAUGUUGUUUCAACAACUUGUCAACAGGAUGUGUUCGCACUGCUUGUUCCCAGCUUGUUGACAACUUGCUACAAGGUUGUUGAGCUCAACAGACUUGUUACAAGUUGUUCCAACAACUUGGUAUGGUAUCGUCCUGCAAUUCAACAAGUUGUGAGUGACAACCUUGUAGCAACUUGAUAAAGUAUCAACAUUGUUACAACUUGUUGACAAGCUUGCCACAAGCCUGUUGCAAACACAUCUUGUUGACAAAUUGUGAGAUGUCGGUAUUAUACCUUUAGUAAAUUAUCUUUAUUCUGUUCUGUGCGUGCUUUCUCUUUGGACAGCACACUUAUAAACUGUUCUGUUCUGUCUUGAGCAUCCACUUCAACAAAACCAACUUUUUCAAGAAGCUAAAAAAGUUGUUGUUCAAAAUCACUUCAACCCUAUGGUACUGAAGCAUAUUGUAUUUCCUUUCUCCUGGCACUAGAUCAGAACUAAUGACAUUGACAUAAAAGGCCCAUAAACGGUCAUAAAAGAUUAAGAAAACGCUUAUACAGCAUGUUUCAGUUUCCUUUCAAUUGUCCGGGUUUCGAUGGGGGGUCAUUAGGGUCGAUCAUGCAGUCAAGGAUAGCUUUCUUAGAAAAAUAAUGUAAUUCAAUUGAUUACCUCCGAGAGUUUUUCACAAUCUGUAUGAAUCAAACAUAUGAAUUAAGAAGUAGCAAUCAUGUUCUCCACUUCCUCAAACCCAACACUGACGCUUUAAAGCGUAGCUUUAGUUAUAAUGGGGCUGCAGCUUGGAACAAUGUCGAACACAAUAGAAAAUUUUAACUGCAUGUUUUAAAGCUAUUACCAAUAUGGCCAUCUUUUUAAAUUAGUAUAUUAUGUAAUUAUAGAUAAUUCAGAACAAUGGUUGAGAUAAUACUGUGUAUAAAUAUUAGUAAAAAAUAAAAAUACUAUAUAAUUGCAUAUAUAUAUUGUUUUAUAUAUGGCUUUUAUAAUAGUCAGGAAACUCAUUUACAUAUAAGAUAGGUUGACAUGCCAUUUUCAAUUUGUUGUUUAACCCAUUAAGCUGCAGAGCUGCCCCACUGACGAGUAAAAUUGUCUGACAAGUAAAAAAAUAAGUAGGGCGCACUGCGGCUCAAGUUAAAAUAUCAUGAGAUAUAUGGUUGAAGUGAAGACAAAUGGAAGAGUGAGCUAGGUUAUUUCGCUGGCCUCUAGAGUGCCAAAAUGUAACAAAGCAAUUAAUGGUUUACUAAUAUACUAACCCUAUUCCAAAUGUUACAUGCAGUUACAGUAGUAUUAAUCCUAACCCUAACCUAAGUCUAUUCCAAGUUUGUUUCUAAACCAAUCUUGAAGAAAAGAGUUUUGACAAAAUGUCAUUCUGAGGUCAGCAAACUAACCUAAUUCCCCAAGACAAACCUUUCCGUAAGAAGCAGGGUCUAACAAGAAGUAAUUUCUUUGCUUUACAUAAUUCUUGAAUUCUUCAUUGUCUAUAUUUGUACCACAACAGUAGUCUGAGAUGAGAAGCUGGCCACCUGGUUUUAACCAUUUCUAGUCAAGAAAAAACCCAAAAUACCAUAGACUGACACAACCUCGAUAACGUAAUUGGAGUACCGUAAUUGUCAGGUUUUUAAGUAAGCAUCUGUACUGCAUCAGGGCAGCAGAUGUUUAUUAAUAUUUAGAAAUGUUCAAUUAACCAAUACCAAAUUUUACUCUUACAUGAUAAAAAAUAGCAAAAUAUAUGUAUGCACUAGCAUACAUGUACAGUACUGUAUUACCAUUGUCAACAGGGAAAAGAACAGUACAUCUCAGAAUUAGUCAAAAGAAAACUCUUUGUAGGAAUGCAAAGUUUAACCAACCAGACACAAUUUAAACAGUUCCUCCUUUUGUCCAAUAUGCAGGAUAGUGUCUCUGGAAUAAACUACAUCAAACGAAGCUGGCUCAAAAGGUGCCGUUAAUGCAUCCAUGACUUUCAAUUCGACCUUAAAUACAAAAAUAUAUAAUUUAUAUGCAUGCAUGUCUAACAAUUUAAUACUCACUUCCAUUGUGGUCAUGUAAAAUAUAAACGGACGUAGGGAUGAGCUGAGAUACUAAUAAAAGCUGAUUUCCAAUUGUUGAAGAGACAGUUACAGUAACAUAUACCCACCAUUGACUGAUUAAUCCACAAAACCAAUGAUUGGUUUUCAUGAUCAAUGUUUAGUGUCUUACUCAACUCACUAGUUUCAAAUGGGACGUUAUGACUGCAGACGACUUUUCAGGUCGGUUGUGUGAAAUUCUUUUAAUGUUUUCCACCUCAUGACAAGAAUGUACAGAUACCGCUGCUUUAGAGUCCAGACAUUCAGCCUUCGAUUUGUCUUUCUCAUCAAUUUUAAAGUAUUCCCAAACAAUACUUCGAGAAUAAGAAACCAAUAUGACAAGCAUCACAAAACUAAUACUGAAGAUCAAUCAGAAACUGUAACCAUCAAUCGGUGCUGCUGAUGUUUUGCCAAUCAUUGGCUCAUCUAACUUAAACAAAGUCCAAAGCAGGAUUGAUGAACCAUAAAUGCGGCAUAACUAACCUUGUCUUUUAUAUCAGCUUCACUGGCAGCUCUCUCCAAAGCAAUAUUCACCAUGUUGUUUGACAGAUCAAUCCCCAACACAUUCGCACCAAAUUUCUUUAUCAGAAAAUUAAUUUUGUCAAGGUUACACUAGCUCAUACUCAAUCCGUUUUCGUAGCAUUGUUGUACCGUUCACAAGGGAAAAUAGAAUAAUGGUCUAAUUAUCUGAAUACAAAAACGCUACAAAAACAGAUUAGUGUGGACAUAGCACAUAUGUUAUAUUUAUGAAUAUUAUACCUCACAAUGAGCUUGUCCAAUCAGAGAACUAAAUUUGUACCACAUGACCAUGGUAUUUUUCAGCAAGUACUAUGACCUAGGCAACUUGAACCCUGGGUGUUUUACCCGGGGCCAUGGUAUUCAACUUCGAAUACCACGCUUGAGCGGGAAAUUCAACUUUUGACAUUAAAAGUAAAUUGAAUGGUAUUUGUUUUCUACUUAUUUUUGAAAGGUUCGGUAUAAUAUACCAUUUAUAGACCUUUCACUCGGGGUAUUCCACAAAAAAUUACCCUGCGGGAUGAAAUACUCCUCGGGCUUCGCCCUCGGAAUAUUUCAUCCCUCAGGGUAAUUUUUUGUGGAAUACCCCUCGUUUCAGGUCUAUAACUGAUAAUUAUUCAUUUCAAUAUUUCAAAAUACUAGCAUUCAGAGAUGGAAAUCCACUCUGGAUUAGAAAUAGGAUCUUCUGGGUGAGAUCAAGGACACCAUUCCAGCCAGAUGUUCCAAAAUUACCUUAGCCAUAUAAAAUGCACUACCUCCAAUACCACACCCAAUGUCCAGAACUUUUUGAUUUUCCUUCAAAUUUAAUCUGGCCACAAACUCCUAAAAUUAUAAGUUGUUUUUUUACAUGUGUGGUACAACACUGCAAUCUAACAGUAUACUCUGUUGUCACAGGCCAUUGUCAAAUAUACUGGUACAUAUUAAUGGUUAAUAUACUGGUACAUAUUAAUGGUUAAUACACUGGGAGACACAAUACUGCAAGCAUGUUACAAAACAAUUACUGAUUCAUAAGGAAGGUUGGAUCAAUAAUAAGGGAGGGGGGUUCAGAUUGUCCAAGGGGAGUACCCCACAUGAGCACCACUUGCACAAAAUUUUAUGCAACUACAGAAAAUUAACCUGUGGCUAAAUUUAGCACAAACAUAUUCUGCAGGAAUUUUUUAUCUCAGAGGAAGAAAGGUAUUUUUUCCACCCUGCUCAUAUCCUAAUUGCAACAUUGUUGAAAUUCCAGAUCAAAUUAUUGAAAUUUGGAUAGUAUCCCCACUCAGAUGAUCAGUCCGGAUUUUCUUCUCAAGAGUCAAUAUGGGGACCCAAGGGAUAAAUAAUUCACACCUAUACGACCAGGAUGGGAUGGUUAUAUUAAAACUGUGCAUGAAUUAAUGUGCCAGUCACCAGAUCAAUGGCCCAAGGACGAUGGAUGAAUCCUGUUACAAUUAAGACUAUUUAUACAGCAACUGCUAUAUAAACCAGUAAAAGCAAUAUAUGUACGAUACAAACUAAAUUGUAUUUCUUAAUAACUCACCUCAGUAGUAUCAAUACCACCCGUGCUCACAAAUCCAGCACCAAAGACUUUCUCAUAUCGUAAAAUGCCAUUCUUCGUGUAUUGAUUUUCGUCCAAAAAUUUCUGCAGCUGUGCAGAGCUGUCUUGAGCCAUUGUAUAAAUAUAUGGUUAUUAACCUGUCGAAACUAUUGAUGAUUGCUUUGGACUUUGCAAAAUGAAAUCAUGGGAAUUGAAGAAAUUUUUGGGCAAAGUGCAUAUUUUUGUGAAAAUUGAUCUUUUGUUUCAGAUCCAUCACGAGCAACCCACGUGGAAAAUGAACACACUGAUCUUCAAAAUACAUCUGGAGUGUAAUUUAGACGAGAAUAAUUCAAAUUAGGAGGCUGGUGACGAGAUGGUUUCUCAUUUUCUCUUUGUCUUCUACUUUUAUCAGGGACGGAUCUACCGUGGGGGAAAGCAUCCCACCUAGUAGUGGUGUCUAGCACCCCCAUGGAGAGCUAGAAGGCCAGUAUCACCAUAAGAAAUCUGAUUGACCAAACAUUUUCUGCUUUUCGAAUAGCGGAACUUCUACUGUUAGCGCGCGUCGAAUUCUUGAAACGAUUUACUUGAUUUGUGAGCUCACGAGAAAAUACUCAAGAAUGCUUUGGUUAAAUAUCAUAGUUUAUUAAAUAUGCAAACAUGUCAAGGUUGUUAUACAGCCAUAUUUUCAAAUAUACUGUACUUUAACAAGGAAAUUUACUGUGCUGUGCUACAGCAACUGUCCAGUCACGCAUACGUGAUAAAAAGCCAAUAUAAACUUAAUAAACAAAAGAAAUGUAAAACGUAACAGAACGGCGAACAUGCAGAUUCGGCCUUCUCAAAUAAUGGUAAUGUUGGGAUAGUAGCGUUGCAGACUGCAGAGGAGAGUGGGCAGUAAGGCUCCCUCAUGCACCACCCCAUGGAAAACCUGCAUCCGGUCAUCUGUUCCUCAAAUUUAAUUGAGUAAAAAGUGACAGUUUAAUUGAAAUUAGGUUAUACAAUGUCGCUUGCAAUUUUUAAUGUAAAUAAGUUAUUAUAUAUUAAAUUUUUUUUUGAAUAUUUGCAAUUGUGUGAUUGUAGCAUUUUUUCAAAUUUGAUACAGUAUAUCUGUAUAUAGCUUGCGAUACAUCCCGAUAGCAAUGUUCAAAUUCUUCAAUAAUCCUAACUGACAUGUUCUGAUGUUCCGCUUGCAAAAGUAUAUUUAUUUGAAUUAAUAAAAUCUGCCUUUAUCAAAUUAAAAUAGUCAUUUAAGAUAUAAGUUAAUAUAAUCUAUGUACAAAUUAAUACAGUAUAUCAAUCUUUAAUAAUUAAGUUGCUUUCUUGGCGUAGAACAAGCCCCAUUUUAGAUAGCCAACUGAGCAACGUUUUAUACAUCCCCCCCAUUCCAAUAUCAAGGCGUCGUAAUCUUCUUGAGUAAAAUGCUAAAAUUAGAAAAAUGUGAUCAAUGUACAAUGACAAUAUGCCUUUGCAGUGCCGUAGCGAACUCGAUAAUUGGGGGGGGGCUCAUAUUCAUAUAUUCAUAUUCUGCGUUAUUAAUUUCUUUUGAAAUCGAUUGUUUUUAUGGUCUGUGAACAUGAAUAAAUGAGUAUGCCCCCCAAUUAUCGAGCUUGCUACGGCACUGCUUUGAGAACAAAUUAUGGUUUUGAGAUUUCAAGUAAGCAUUAUACAUUGUGAGCCAGGGGUGUAGCAAAGGCUACGUGCUUGGGGGGGGGGGGAACCACACCCAACUUUUGCUGACAAACUGUUACUGGUGUUAUACCUUUAGUAAAUUAUCUUUAUUCUGUUCUGUGCGUGCUUUCGCUUUUGACAUCAAACUUAUACACUGUUCUGUUCUGUCUUGAGCAUCCACCCCAACAAAACCAACUUUUUCAAGAAGCUAAAAAAGUUUUUGUUCAAAAUCACUUCAACCCCACGGUAUUGAAGCAUAUUGAGUUUCCUUUCUCCUGGCCACUAGAGCAAAACUAAUGACAUUGACAUAAAAGGACCAUAAAAGAAAAUGCUUAUACAGCAUGUUUCAAUUUCCUUUCAAUUGUCGUGUUUCGAUGGGGCGGGGGGGGGAAGUCAAAGGUCAGUCAAGGAUGCUUUUCUUAUAGAAAUGAUAAAAAUAAUGAAAGGUACUUCAAUUGCAUCAUCACCUCUGGGCCGAGGAGUUAAUUUUCACAAUCCGUAGGAAUCAAACGUAUCAAUUAAGAAGCAACAAUCAUGCUCUACAUUUCCGCAAAACCAAAACAUUAUAACAGCUAUAACAUUUUGAGUUAUUUGGUCUACAUAUCUUUUAAAAUUUGCUCUCAUUGACUGUUUCAUUAACUUUCAAAAACUAAAAAAUCGCGUCGCGUUGUCGAAUCGCGUCCGGGUGUCCGGGUGUGUCUGGACCUUUAACGAAACUUUUAUUUGUUCCCUU